AUGUCGUCGAGCAAUGCAAAACGAUCGGCGGAGCGACUACACGGCCGCACGGACUCGCCUCGCAAGCGCAGACGCCCAGCCACGUCGUGCGAGGCAUGCCGGACGCGCAAGGUCCGCUGCGACCAGGGCCUCCCGUGUGGACCGUGUAAACGGUCGAGGAGUAAAGUCGACUGCGUCUACCGAUCAGAGGAAAACAACGGCAGCCUCAAUGCGAGAUCCGCAGUAAGUUUGGAAAGCGAUACCGAGUUCCAUCCGAACCAAGCACGUGUCAGCACCAGCGUUCUCACUGGUGAUGGUGCGGAUAACCUGGCCGCACGCAUCGACAGGCUGGAGCGCCUGUUGGACCGACGAGAGACUGGCCAUCAGUACGUCCCAAUAGAGCCCAGCCCUGUACGGCCUAGGCUGUUGUUGAGGAGCACUCCGGACAAGACUCGGCUCUUUGGGCCCGGCCAUUGGAUGUACAUUGCCCAGGCAUUGCCCACCGAAGGAAUGUUUGACGGCAAUGGUGCAGACUUUGAGCUUCGCGGUAAUGGGGCUGCCGUGCCAGACAUCAUGAAACUGUUCCUCAGACUGAGAACAAUGCGAAAAGCCGUCAAGGCACGAAGUGCCCAAAACGAACCCAGCGGUGCCGGUGACUUGCGAUCAGACUUUCUGCAAUCGCUCCCGCCAUGGACUGGGUGCGAAAAACUACUCAACCGCUACUGGGACUUCUUCGAUCCCCUGUACAGGAUUGUGCAGGGACAGGAGUCAAUAUGGGCCGAGGCGAAGAAUCUGCAUAUUCGCCUUCAUGAGACGCAUUCAGCGACCGGUGCGGCAAAGGAUCUACCCGACUCGUUCUUGAUGAAGCUGGGACUGAUGCUGGCUCUCGGCGGUGCCCUUAGCCCGAAUAUCUGCGACGAAUUGCACGUGGAGGAAGCCUCGCAAUAUUGGAUCCGCCUCGCCCAAAGUUGGCUCACGGGGCAGCGAGAAAAAGAGACGAUGAGCCUAGAAGGGCUCCGAGUCUUUUGCUUGCUGCUAUUAGCCAAACAGACCACGCGUCACGCGGCUGGCCUGACAUGGAUAUCAGCGGGGUCGCUCGUGUCUGCUGCAAUGUCCAUGGGCCUACAUCGCGAUCCUGCCAAGUUGCAAGGGAUCACACCGUCGGAAGGGGAGGCUCGCAAGAGGCUCUGGGCGGCGACACUCGAGCUCACUGUCCAAGCCCACCUCGACACCGCGACCCCGAUCUUGGUUUCCACAGAGGACUUUGACGCUCCCGCACCGCGGCCGCCCGGGGAAGCAGGAGAAGAUCUGCAGAGUAGACUUUUCGAAUCGCUGCCGCUCCGCCUCCGAGUGGCACGCUUGGUGAACGGCAUCAAGGGCCCAAGCUAUGACGAAGCGAUACUGCUCGCGAACGAGCUAAGGGCCGAGGCUCGUGACGUGGUAGCUUUUACGCAAGGACUGAGCAAGCCACGGUCUAACAGACGCGAGAGCUUCCACUCGUGUUAUGUGGACAUGGUCUUCCACAGGUACAUACUUAUGCUCCUGCAGCCGUGGAUGGUCAAGUCUCGGGUCGACUCACGGUACUACCUGGCGCGCAAGAUGUGCACAGAAUCUGCGCUCGUCAUUGCCUCGUACGCUACUGAACAUGGCUCGAUCGAGUUGCAACUUCUUGCAGAGAAAGGGCGAGGCUCCUUCAGAGGCCCGAUCUCGCUACCUGUCGUGCUCGUUCUUUGCUUGGAAACGUUCCUGGUGUUGGAAGAGGAGGGGCCGACGGGGCGAGGUGUCGGCGGCUUGGACGAGCUGCUGGCAGCGUCGAGAGCGCGGGUGGCCUCAGUGCUAGGGAACAUCAUGGAGCUGACGCGCGGGCAUAUCCGCGACGGGAGCGUCAGCCUCAAGAGCUUCAACUUCAUGGCGUCAUUCCUGGCCCAAUUUCGCGCCAUCGAGGAGGGACGAGAUCCGAAGAGAGCCGUCUUUAAUGCGCUCAGCGAGAGCCUGCAGGAAUGCGCACGACUUGUCCAGGAGGCGCAUCCCUGGCUUGCUGGUAUGGAUGAGAACGGCCAUGCAGAGGAAAAUCGCCAGGAGGAAGCCGCGCCCUCGGCCGUCGACUCAAUAUCUCUGGACGACUUUCUGAACUGGGAUAUAGCCAGCAUCCUCAACAUUCCGAGUCUUGAGUAG